AGACGGGAAUAGGACCGGAAGAGUGGAAAAGAGCGAAGCUUGAAGGUUUAGUGUUUCUCUUUGGGGUUUUGGCUCCAAAUUAAUGGAUAUAAACCCUAAAAGAGAAUGCAAUCUCCACGUACCUGUCCCUGUCUGCAUUUGAAACUUCCCUUUUUUUUUUCAACGGGUCGUCUCCAUUUUGAGGCGAAAGGCCCUGUGUUUUCGUGCCAGUUCUUGGUCUUCCAAAUUGUUCAUAGUCUCAUGUUGGGGGGGUGCGUGUGAUCACUCUUUCUUAGCUUUUUCUGGAUCUGGGUCUGGUUUGUUGUAGUCUCUUUUGGUUUGAAGUGAAAUGUUGUUGUGAGGUGCAGUGGGAUCUGUUCAUUUGCUUGUGGGCAUGGAAGGUGAUCAGUCAAAGCUGUGGGUUGUACUGAUUUUGUGCAUCUUCAGAGUGGCUCAUUGUGCUACAGACCCCAGUGACGUGAAAAUUCUGAAUGAUUUCAGAAAAGGGUUGGAGAAUCCGGAGCUCCUCAAAUGGCCUGACGAUGGGGAUGACCCCUGUGGCCCUCCUUUGUGGCCUCAUGUCUUUUGUAGUGGUGACAGAGUUACACAGAUUCAGGUUGAGGGAUUGGGAUUAAAGGGACCUCUCCCUCAGAACUUCAACCAGCUUUCAAUGCUCUACAAUUUGGGGCUUCAGAGGAACCAUUUCAAUGGCAAAUUGCCUUCUUUUCGCGGAUUGUCUGAAUUGCAAUUCGCCUUCUUGGAUUACAACGAAUUCGACACCAUCCCCGCUGAUUUCUUCGAUGGCCUUACGAGUAUUCGGAUCCUUGCUCUGAAUGACAAUCCGUUCAAUGCGACUACUGGGUGGUCUAUUCCUGAUGAGUUGCAGAAAUCAGUUCAAUUGACAACUCUUUCUUUAGGCCAUUGUAAUUUGGUUGGACCCCUGCCGGAAUUUCUAGGGACGUUACCAUCGCUCACAACGCUGAAACUGCCAUAUAACAGGUUGUCAGGGGAGAUUCCGGCGAGUUUUGGGCAAUCACUGAUGCAGAUUCUGUGGUUGAAUGAUCAGGAUGGAGGUGGGAUGAGCGGACCAAUGGACGUAAUUGGAUCUAUGGUCUCCUUGACACAGCUAUGGCUCCACGGAAACCAGUUCACGGGCACUAUUCCGGAGAGCAUUGGUGAUCUAACUUCUUUGAGAGACCUCAAUCUCAACGGAAAUAAACUUGUUGGCCUGGUUCCUGAGAGCUUGGCCAAUAUGGAACUACAGAAAUUGGACUUAAACAAUAAUCAUCUGAUGGGUCCUAUACCAAAGUUCACAUCUGGUAACGUUUCUUAUGCUUCCAAUUCAUUUUGCCAGUCUGAGCCUGGGCUUCAAUGCAGCCCAGAAGUUAACGCACUUUUAGAUUUUCUUGCUGCUGUGAAUUACCCAUUAGGUCUCGCUUCUGAAUGGUCUGGUAAUGAUCCAUGCGAACAGCCAUGGUUGGGGUUGGGCUGCAACCCCAAUUCUAAGGUUUCUAUCGUGAAUCUGCCAAACUUUAGGCUUAAUGGUACUCUCAGUCCUUCAAUUGGGAACUUAGAUUCACUAGUAGAAAUUAGACUUGGGGGAAACAAUUUAACUGGCACCAUCCCAAUGAAUUUAACUAAAUUGACGUCUUUGAAAAAGCUGGAUGUCAGUGGCAACAAUUUUGAGCCUCCAGUACCCAGAUUUCAGGAGAGCGUGAAGGUGAUUACCAAUGGAAAUCCUCGUUUGGCUGGUAACCAAACCGAGCCAUCCCCUCCUCCAGGUAGCCCACCAUCCCCCCCUCCAGGUAGCCCACCAUCCCCUUUUAGUUCACCGCCACCGGCAUUGAACCAUCCACCUGCCCCUCCGGCGGGGUUGAAUCAUAGCCAGCCUAGUCCUGCUGGGGGGCAAGCAGAACCCAAAAGCACUUCCAAAAGAUUAAAAACAGUUAUAAUUGUGGCUGCAAUUUCAGCUUUUGCAAUUCUGGCUAUGUUGGUGAUUCUUCUAACUUUAUACUGCCGUAAGAAGAGGAAGGACCAACUAGAGGCUCCCAGUUCCAUUGUUAUUCACCCCAGAGACCCAUUUGAUCCAGACAACAUGGUUAAGAUUGCAGUCUCAAGUAACACCACUGGAAGCUUGUUCACUCAAACAGGAUCUAGUAUUGAGAGCAGAGAUAGCAGUGGAGUGCAUAAUUCACAUAAGAUUGAAUCUGGAAACCUGAUAAUAUCUGUUCAGGUUCUCCGCAAGGUGACAGACAAUUUUGCACCAGAAAAUGAGCUUGGUCGUGGUGGUUUUGGGGCUGUUUAUAAGGGGGAGCUGCAAGAUGGUACAAAAAUAGCAGUUAAGAGAAUGGAAGCUGGGGUGGUUAGCAACACAGCAUUGGAUGAAUUUCAGGCUGAAAUUGCUGUUCUUUCCAAGGUCCGACACCGACAUUUGGUAUCUCUGUUGGGGCACUCUAUUGAAGGCAAUGAGAGGCUUCUGGUUUAUGAGUAUAUGUCUCAUGGAGCUCUAAGCAGGCAUCUUUUCCACUGGAAGAACCUAAAACUGGAGCCUCUAUCUUGGAAGAUGAGGCUCAGUAUUGCUUUAGAUGUGGCUAGAGGGAUGGAAUAUCUUCAUGGUCUGGCCCGUGAGAGCUUCAUUCAUAGAGAUCUGAAAUCUUCAAAUAUUCUUCUAGGGGAUGAUUUCAGGGCAAAAGUUGCAGAUUUUGGUUUGGUGAAGCUUGCUCCAGACAGAGGGAAGUCUGUUGCAACCAGACUGGCUGGAACCUUUGGAUACCUUGCACCUGAAUAUGCUGUGAUGGGAAAAAUUACAACAAAAGCUGAUGUCUUCAGCUAUGGAGUGGUGUUGAUGGAACUUUUGACUGGAUUAGCGGCACUUGAUGAGGGGCGUUCUGAGGAAUGCCGAUACUUGGCCGAGUGGUUUUGGCGAAUCAAAUCAAGCAAAGAGAAACUCAUGGCUGCUGUUGAUCCUGCUAUUGGUGCUACAGAAGAAACUUUUGAGAGCAUCUCCAUAGUAGCUGAACUGGCUGGACACUGCACAGCAAGAGAGCCAAGCCAUCGUCCUGAUAUGGGGCAUGCAGUAAAUGUACUGUCCCCACUGGUUGAGAAGUGGAAGCCGUUUGACAAUGAAACAGAGAGUUAUUCUGGCAUCGAUUACAGUCUACCACUUCCCCAGAUGUUAAAGGGCUGGCAGGAAGCAGAAACCAAAGAUUUCAGCCAUACUAGCCUGGAGGACAGCAAAGGCAGUAUUCCAGCAAGGCCUGCUGGAUUUGCAGAGUCAUUCACUUCUUCUGAUGGGCGAUGAGUAGAGGUAGUCUCAUGGGAUCGACUGUUCUUGUCUUCGUCUGUUUCAAAUAAAUUGCAUGUUUAGUAUUUAGUUGGUGCCAAUGUUCUGCUUUUCUUUGUCCUCCUAGGAUGCAGUGUCGAGUGUUUUAUACAAUUUAUUGUGUACAGUGAAUACAAGUUAAGAGAAUUGAAGGAUUCCAGAUAUCUCAUUGUUAUUUUGGAUUUGUUCCUUGGCUUGUGAGGAUUUUCAGGAUGCCAAUUAUAAAUUUUGUUUUGCCUUGAUC